AGAUUUCUGGGAGAUUUGAAAAAGAAAGCGACCAACAAGGCACACAUUGAGGCUUCAAUUUGUCAAGCAUAUAUUCAACAAGAAAUCUCAACGUUUUCUUCUUUUUAUUUAGAGCGUGAAGUCAUCAGUAAAAGAAAGAGACCUGCUCGGAACGAUGACAUUGGCAACGAUUCAUAUGAUAAAGUAAUUUCUAUUUUCAACUACAUAGGUAGAUGUAAAGGAGCUGCGACUUACUGUUACAUCGUGGGCGGAGAAAUGAAAAUUGCACAUACUUACAUUCUCAUGAAUUGUCCAGAAAUCUUACCAUUUUAUAAUGAAUUUAGAGCGUCUUUAUCAGCAUUUCCUGAUGAUGCAAUGGUGGACUCUGACUUUGCAUUAUGGUACCAACAACCGAUCAGGUACCGUGGGAUUAACGACCCUCUAUUAGUAUCAUUAUCGUGGGGCCCUUUUUUCUAUGCAAAGGUUUGGCAUUCCAGUUUGAUAAACGAUUAUACGUAUCACACAGUCGAAUAUGGAGAAGGUCGACCAACAAUGAACAGCGGGUUAUGUGUCCCGACCAUCGGUUCUGAUAACUCGGAAACCAUUUUUUUUGGUUUCUUGCAUGAGAUUCUCGAACUUCAAAUGCCUUCUGGUUUGCAAGAAUUAACAUGCGUGUUGUUUCGCUGCACAUGGGGCGACCCUACACGUGGUGUGAGAAAAAAUUCAAAGUAUAUAAUAUAAUUGACGUCAACCACUCUCGUGUGUAUCAGAAAAAUGAGCCUUUUAUACUCGCUCAACAAGCAGCCCAGGUUUAUUAUGCAGAGUAUCCUUCAACGAGGCGCACACAGAAUCCUUGGGUGUGUGCCAUUAAUAUCCGUCCGAGCAAAAUUGUAACACAGGCUCAACACAAGGAUAUUGACUUUGAUGCUUUCAGCAAGAGUUUUUCAAACCUCCGUCUAUUGCUGACACGGUCAACCAUAAUAUUCAGUUAAGUGACCCAAAUGGCGAAGAUGUUGAAUUUAUGCCUGAAACACAACUUCCGCCCCAUAUACCUCAAAAUGAGCGCAAAAUUGAACAAUUAUAUAUACAACUGCACGAUAACCAGGAGGAAGAAGAAUGGAUAUAUGAUGAUGGAGAUACAGAAGAAGAAGUUGGCUAUCAAGAAAAUACUGAUUCUCAUAGUUAGCGAUCCCGAGGUCUUGAAUAGAAUCAAGGAUAUUGUUAGUGGUCAUUUCACGGGGCCUUGGUCGACUUAUGGUGAGGUUUCGGCGGCCACUCGUGAACUAUGGUAGCGGUUGUUCAAGGCUUCUCAUCGGUAGCAUUUUUGCCCUAGACCAAGCUAUUCUCAAAGAAUACAAUUCUAGGAUUUCUGGGUGGUUGAGACCCACUUUUAGGACCGCCCGGUCUACCGGUCGAAAGCCAAGAUUUCUUGGCGAUGAUGUGUGGGAGAUGCUUUGCCGCCAUGGGGCUACGGAUCCCGCAUUUUUGCUGAGAAGCGAAACAGCCAAGGCAAACCGGAACUCGGAAAAAGCCAAGGAAGUUCAAUGGCACGGGGGCCGCAAACUCCAAAUUCAAAAUAAAAAAGAUCUGGAAGGAUCUGCACCCGUGAAAAAACGGGUCACGCCAUUGAAACUCAUGGCACAUUGUUGGACGAAGAAGGGUGCCAUGCCGCCUCCCUGCCUUUCUGAAAUUGAAAAAAAAAUAUGAGGAAGAGCGGGGGAAGAGAGUUGAUGAGCUAGGUGAUUCUGAUGCCGAACUUGAUGUAAAUCAAGAAUAUGAGGCCAUCUUGGCGGCAACCGGAGUUUACAAGGGCCGGGUGCCGCUUAUGGGUUCUGAAGGCUUACGGAUCCUGGAGAAGUCCAAAGGAGCUAGCUCAUCUUCUCAUUCGGCGUAUGAUGAUCGGGUUACCCUUCUCGAGAAACUAUUGGAGGAACGUGAAACAGAGGCUCGAAGGCGGGAUGAAGAAGCUCAGAUACGGGAUAAAGAGGCAAGAAGAACGAGAGAAAGGUUGGAAGAGAUGGAACGACAAAUGCGUGUGUUCAACACCACCUACCGCCCAUCCAUGCACAUACAGCACCCCGAGAUGACUCCACAAAUUCCCUUCACGGGCAAUAUGGGCAGUAUGGGCAGUAGGGGUUUUGCUAAUUAUAGUCAUAUCUCCAACAAUUUUCCAUAUGGAUAUUAUGAUGAUACCCCUUUAUCGACUCCCGGAGCUCAAGCAUACCGUGGCAGCAGCCGGGCUGGCAGUCGUGGUGGCAGUCGAGGCAGCCAUCGUGGCGGCAGCCGUGGCCACGGAAGGCAACCCGAUCAUCGUGAGGAACCUAAUGAUGAUGAUGAUGAUUAUGAUGACCAUUGAUGGUUUGUAAUAACUAGUUUAUU